CCAUAUCAGGGCGCCAUAUCAGGGCGCCAUAUCAGGGCGCCAUAUCAGGGCGCCAUAUCAGGGCGCCAUAUCAGGGCGCCAUAUCAGGGCGCCAUAUCAGGGCGCCAUAUCAGGGCGCCAUAUCAGGGCGCCAUAUCAGGGCGCCAUAUCAGGGCGCCAUAUCAGGGCGCCAUAUCAGGGCGCCAUAUCAGGGCGCCAUAUCAGGGCGCCAUAUCAGGGCGCCAUAUCAGGGCGCCAUAUCAGGGCGCCAUACGAUGGAAAGACAGU